UUUCUUUUUUUCUUGGACAGAUAUUACACUUGAACAAGCAGGAUUCGAGUAAAUUUUUGUGUCAUUUGAAGUGUUAGAGAGUAGCAAAAUUAUUCGUGAAAGAUAUUAUUGACGUGUUGAACCCAACCACUUGUGCACCGUUCCCUUCUCUGAAAAACAUCCUUGUUUUACGGGAGCUUUUAGUGAAGAAACCUGUCAUAUUAGCUUGUAGACAUAGUCAUGGCUGUGAUUAUAAUCAAUACCAUUACUGACUUGUAAUGAAUGAGAUACAUGCUUAUGUAUGAAGGAUUGCUUGUUUUGAGACCGUGGACAGAAUAUCGGCGAAUACUGACGCGUUUAGGUUGAGUUGAGCUGUCGAGCAGAGCAUUCGAAAUCAAAUUUGAUAUUGUUUCAUAAUUUCAUGGCUACGUGGCGCGGCAGACCAGUCGACUGGACAUAAGCGUCUACCGUUCUAAUAGAAAGCAUCAAUUUAGCAAGUGCAGGGACACUGUGGUGAAUCCAUCACUUACUGAAUUUGAUCUCUCUAAUGGUUAUCUCCAUGGUUAUCAAACCAGUGCAAGCAGAGGAUUUGAUCAAGCUUUGCUAAAUUUGUCUACAUAUUGGUUUCCUUGUUCCACAACAUGAUGCUAGGGCGGAUACACCUAUCUUUAAUGACAUUAACGCUAUUAAUGUUGAGACUCGUUGCUCAUACAAACGCGAAUCCGAGUAUCAACGACAGCGAGGGGAUACGGGUAAUGAAGACCAAACUCUACAACGAGCUCAUCACCAACUAUGGGCCGACCACGAACAGACCUGUCAAGAACGAGUCAUCCCCUGUCACCGUCAGCAUGAGAAUGCUCGCCGAUCAUAUUAUCGAAUUUGACGAGCCUAAGCAGCAAGUCACAUUAUUUUGUUCAAUGAAGUUGAUGUGGACAGAUGAGUAUAUCACUUGGAACGAGAGUGAAUAUGGAGGGCUUACACACCUAGACAUAGAUAUGGAUGAAAUAUGGCAGCCAUCGGUCACUCUCAUCACAAGCAAUAGUGACAAUCAUUUGACCAUGUUACAACGCCUAGGACACGUCUCGUCUACUGGUAAGAUCACGUGGUUAUCUUCCAUUAUCAUCACCACUUCUUGUAUGUUAGACGUGGAAUUGUUUCCAUUCGAUGAGCAGCUUUGCACCAUUGAAUUUGGUCCAUGGGCCAGAGACCGUACCAAGGAGGAUAUGGAAUUCUUUUUUGACGAAAAUGAGAUGUCCGCACAGCGAUACCGUCAAAACGGGGUGUGGGCCAUCGUAAAGGAUACAGCUCAGCGUAAACUUCGCAAUUACUCUGGCUUUGCUGAGCCUAUUGCUGAGAUACAUUACUGCUUUUGGUUCCAGAGGCAAUCGAAGACGUAUGUUUUGAGCAUUGUCAUCCCGUCAGCAUUGCUUUCGUUGUCAACCAUGCUCAUCUUUCUACUGCCUCCCGAGUCCGGAGAGAAGAUCUCAUUUGGUAUCACUAAUCUCCUAGCUAUGGUACUCUUUCAGGAGACUGUCCGAUCUGCAAUGCCACCGACAGGCUCACCGAUCUUUGCUAAUUACAUCUGUGUCACAGUUGUGGUAGCCUGUACGUCACUGAUCUUCGAAGCGAUUGUCCUGCGUAUGUACAACUUAGGUGAUACCAGGACAGUACCUGCAUGGCUGUACCGGCGUUGUUGUUCAUCCAUGGUGACAGAUAGCGUGCCUAUGGACACUUUCCUGAAUUUAAGAGACAGAGGUAACGCAAUACCUUCACCUAAAGAUCGUCAGCCUCCUCAAAACGAUUUUGAUGGAUUGAUGGGUCGUCAGGCUGAUGAGAAGCAAGAGAGCGGAAAGGAGUGUAUAUCAGGAAACCUCAGACAGGACAAGAUAGAGGUGAAUCACACUGAACAUCAUUCUACGCUGAAUGCAGUCAGGAUUCGUGGCACCUCGUCUGAGAAUGCUGAGAAGUGGAAGAGAGUAGCUACAUGGUUUGAGAAGAAUGUGGCUAUUCUAUUAUUGAUUGUAGUCUUUGGGAACAUGUUGGCUACUUGCCUGGUCAUUGUAAUCAAGAAAUCAAAGGCAUGAGCGGGAUGAAAUGCAAUCAUCAAACGUAGCAUCACUUGAAAUGCAGAUUACCGUGUGCUUUCUGUAGAAUAGUCCCUUACAUAUUCAGACCACAAUUUCUAUAAUCCCAGUCGAUGAGAUUAGCUGUUGAAAUGGCACGGGAUCAUAUACUAAAGGCAUAUAAACAAACCGACUUUAAACCGACAGAAUUAUUAUGGACAAUAUAUUGACCUUUUAGGAUAAUAUUUUUUAAUUUGCUCUGUCUGUGGUUAAUGUCGGGACGGUCUGCUCGGUGUGUGACCGGGGUAUUACAUAUUAUGUUACAAGGUAUCGAAACAUAGUUGAUUAUCUGCAACAUAGUGUUGCGGGAAUCUCCAUUCGUGUACAGCGUCCAUUUUCUUUUGUGGUUUACUUUUUAUUUUGUUAUCAAGCGUGGAUUUCACUUCCAUUGCGAUAUUGAUAACAAAGUAUGCCCAACUUUGGUAUCUUCUUAUCAAAAAGUUGUGACCUAUGUGACCUUGAAACAUUGUAACAAGUAGCUAAUACUCUGUCUAAUGAUUUUGUGCUGCUACGGACGACUGAACAGCAGAAUUAAAAAAAAGUAUUGUACAAAUUGUCUUGUACCACAUUUGGGCUAAAGCAAUGAAUAUGGGUCAAAAGCGAUUAGGUGUGUGUUGUCUUAUUCUAAAAAUGAUUGCUCACUUAUUUACUUUGAAAAGAAAGGGUGUUAAUACCACAAACGAAAAUGGACGCUGCACUGCUAAAACCAGGGUAAUUAUGCUGCAUUAUUGUAGAGCGCUUAGAGACUUCAGAUAAAGUAAGUGUUAGGCGCUAUAUAAGCAAAUAUAAUUAUUAUAACAAACUAAUCGUCAAGGAAAUGCUUAUUUACGAGCAAAAUUUAUGAUAUUCUUUCCUUAUGAUGAUUAAAAUGUUGUCUUCGUUCGCAUCCCUCGUUUGAGGUAACCCUUCUCAUUAGGUGUUACAAAAUAGAUUAAGUAUAUUUGGGA